AUGGUAGAACAACUUGAAAACACCAGUAAAAAACUGGAUCCAGAAAUUGACAUCAACAAUGCAAAGUUAAUAACAGACAAGCAACACCCCGAAGUGGAAAAAGGACAGGCAUACAAAGACAAAGAAACUCUAAAAAAUGUCCUCAGCUACUACGCAAUCAAAAACAACUUUCAGUACAAAGUGUGGAAGUCCUGCUCUCAAGAAUACAGUCUGAAAUGUGUUUACGAAAGCUGCAAUUGGUCACUAAGAGCAUCGAGAAAUGGGCCAACAAACACAUUCAUAAUCAGGAGGUUCUCAAAUAUGCACACAUGCCCCAUAAAUAUAAGGCAUGAAGACCAAAGGCAAGCAACAUCGAAACUGAUAGGGGAAUGCAUAAAACCGAAGUUCUUGAACAUAAAGACCAAGGCAACAGCGAUGGACAUAAAAGGGGAGUUGAAAUACAGAUUUGGCAUCAAAAUGAACUAUAUGAAAGCUUGGAGAAGUAAGGAACAUGCAGUAAACGACUUGAGAGGUAAUGCUAGUGACUCGUAUGCUCUAAUACCGAGUUUCUUACACAUGGUGGAAAAAACAAACCCUGGAUCAUUUGUGGAUCUGAAAACGGCAGAAGACAACAGCUUGCUCUUUGUUUUCAUGGCGUUGGAUGCAUCCAUAAAAGGGUGGGGAGCAUGCAGACCGAUAGUUGUUGUGGACGGAACGUUCCUCAAAGCAGCUUAUGGGGGAACUUUGUUGUGCGCAUGCACACAAGAUGCAGCAGGUCAUAUUUUUCCACUAGCGUUUUGUGUUGCAGAUUCUGAGAAUGACCAAUCUUGGAAAUGGUUCUUCAAAAAAUUUAAAGAAGCGUAUGGUGUACGGGAACACCAAUGCCUAAUUUCAGACAGAAAUGAAAGCCUCAUCAAAGCAGCGAGAGAAAUCUAUCCAGAAAUUGCACACAGUUACUGCGGUUACCACAUUUUGAGCAACCUUAAAACAAGCUUCAAACAACAUGCUGCCAAAUACAAUCUGCCAUUCUUUGGAGCAGUGAAAGCCUACACAGAAAAGCAAUUCGAGUUCCACAUGGCUGAAUUGGAUGGAUUGGACAAACGCAUAAGACCUUACCUCAAAAAAAUCGGGUAUGAAAAGUGGUCAAGAAUUCAUAGCCAAAACAAGAGGUAUUCCACAAUGACCUCAAACAUAUCAGAAUCACUGAACGCUGCAAAUUUGGCAGCAAGGGAGCUACCAAUUACAACGCUGCUAGAAUGCUUGAGAGCAUUGGUGCAACAAUGGACGCAUACUAAUAGGACAAAAGCACAAAACACCUUCACUAAGCUAUCACCAACUGGAGAAGACAUACUGUUGAAAAAUUACACAUACUCAUUGAAUCUGAAGGAAUUACAGCUAUGGACAGUUUACCCAAUAGGACACCAAAGUGAAUGGGAGGUACCGGAAGAAGUGAAAAAUAUUACAGUCUUGCCUCCACAUGAAAGAGUAAAAUCAGGAAGACCAAAAACAUUAAGAAGGAAGGCUGGAUGGGAAAGGGAUCAACACAACAAGUGCAGCAAAUGUGGUGAACUGGGGCCUAACAAAAGAACAUGCAGCAGAAGACGUAGAAGGGAAUAA